AUGUACAAAUCCAGUUUUGAAACACCAAAAUCUCCUCUGCUUCGCAAACGUAUGAUACAAGGUGGUCUCCUCAGUGAUAACACAGUAACUCACCAAUUUCUUAAACAAAAUUUUCCAACGAACGGCCCAAACACAUCGUUGGAUCCGAAGCGUAUCAAGGAUAUUCGCGCUCAACGAAAGAUCACUGUUAUUGAAAACAGGUCUGCAGAAAAAGAGGAUAUAAUGGAUAUCAGCAAUGUAUUUCUACCGAAGAAGCGCCACUUCCGAGAAACGGAAGAAUGGCGGAUAAAGAAGAAACGCGUCCUCACCAAGAUGCGAGCCUUGACGAAAAUCAACUUGCUCCUAGUACUCUCGAAGAUGUCGAUAUCAAUCAACAGAAUAAUGACCAAAAUAAGCAACUGUCGGAUGGAGGAGUCAGUAUCCCGUUGUGGAUUGUAA